GCGCGCAUAUAUUCUCAGGUUUUACUCAGAUGAUACGUACGCAAUUCUAUCGCGCGCGUAUAUUCUUAGGUUUGACGCCGGAUACGAAAACGGUACGUACAUCAAUGCCAUGUGCGACCUAACCUGUUUGUUCCGGCUUGGAUCGGCGAUCGGCGUGCUUGGAAAUUUCUAAGACUGAUAUCGAAGGUCUUCUCGCAGCCUUUGGAUUUCUGAUUCCAAGUCAGAAUCGCAGUACUACGCCCGUCUUCAGAAUAAAACACACGUUGUUCACAUUGAAGAGAGCAUCGUCGGAGCUGACAGAAGAGCAUCAGAAGAUCAUACUGAUUGAUAGAUAUAUGGAACAGCUGAUGCAAGAAUAUUUAGAUAUUGCAACAUGGAUUUUACUGCAAAACGCCGUAGAAAACAUACUUUAGAUAUAUCAAAAAGGCACCUGAGAAGAUUAGCUGCAGAACAGGCAGAUAUUAUUUCCACAAAUUUGAAUCAUACAAGUUCUUCAGUGAACAAUAAUACUAAAUGCAUAACACAUUUGAAACAUGAGAGAUUAGAGUAUAAAAGAAUACAUUCCGAUAAUGAAACGGAAAAGGAAAAUAACAGUUUCGUACAACAUGAACAUGAAAAUGACAUAUUUGUACAGUAUGAAAAUAUACAAUCUGCAUCAGAGUUAGAUUCACAACGAUCAUCUAUGAACGUUCCUCGUGAUGAAUCAAGCGAUUCGAAUUUUGAAAAUAAUAAUGCUAAUGGAAAUGGAAAUGGAUUCUCUUUUAAAGAUGAUCUUGCAGUAUGGGCAAUUGAUCAUGAAACAUCACAUACCGCUCUACAUGCAUUGCUGUUAACACUUAGGAAACAUUCAUGUUUUUCAACAAUUUCUGUGGACGCACGAACACUGUUAAAAACACCAAGACAAUACCAAAAUAUCCGUACAGUUGUUCCAGGAACAUAUUGUCAUUUCGGAUUAAUAAAAUCUAUCAAAGAAAUAUUGUUAUCUGUGAAAGAGGAUGUUGAUUGCUUAAAAAUAGCAGUCAACAUUGACGGUUUGCCAUUAACAAAAUCGUCCCAACAACAAUUUUGGCCUAUACUCGGCUCAGUAAUUCCAAAUGGCAACGUUUUUAUGAUUGGACUUUACCAUGGUAAACCAGAGGAUGCCAAUGAUUUCUUGAAAGAUUUUGUCGACGAGGCAAAAGAAUUAUGUGAAAAUGGAAUGAACAUCAAUGGUCGACAAGUAAUAUGUCGGAUUGGAGCAUUAAUUUGUGAUACACCUGCGAAAGCAUUUGUUUUAUCUGUAAAAGGACAUUCUGGAUACUCCAGUUGUACUAAGUGUACUACGGAAGGAGAGUACAUUGGACAUCGAAUGUGCUUUCCACAAAUUGACGCACCACUUCGAACUGACGAAAAUUUUUUACAGAAGAUUUACGACAAUUUUCACAAACCAAAUACUAUAUGCAGUUUAGUCAACAUUCCUCAUUUCAAACCUGUGACAGAUGUGCCCUUGGACUACAUGCACUUAAUAUGUUUGGGUAUUAUGCGCAAAUUAAUAAAUUUAUGGCUUCAUGGCGAAUUAUCAUAUCGACUACAAUACAGAGCCGUGGAUGACAUUUCAACACGUUUAGUAAAUCAAUUGAAGCCAUCAAUACCUGUUGAAUUUGCUAGAAAACCAAGAAGGUUAGAUAGCGUAAAAUUAUGGAAAGCCACAGAAUACAGACAAAUAUUGCUAUAUACAGGUCCAAUAGCGUUUAAAUGCAUAUUAAAGAAAAAAAUAUAUGUACAUUUUAUGACAUUGCAUGUUAUUAUAAGGAUCUUGUCUUCAAGAAAUUUACAUGAACACCUUAACUAUACGCAAGAUUUCAUUUGUUUCUUCAUUAAAACAUUUAUAAAACUGUACGGAGUUAAGAACGUUUCACAUAAUGUUCAUAGUCUCGUUCAUCUAGUAGAUGAUGUCAAAAAAUUUGGACCUCUCGACAACUUUAGUGCGUUUCAAUUUGAAAAUUACAUGCAGAAAUUAAAAAAGUAUAUGCGAAAAGCGGAAAAACCUUUACAACAGGUUAUACGAAGAUGUAUUGAGAGAGAAAAGAGUUCACUCACAUCAACUGCUUUGCCAUAUCAUGAUCUACAACAUUAUAAUUUAAUGUCAUUGCAUUAUGAUGGGCCUAUUAUUCCGAAUUGUCACAGUCCACAAUAUAAAGUUGUUAAGUUCAACGGAAUGACAUUUAAAGUUGGAACACUUGCUGAUAGCACCUGCGGCUUAACUUGUGGUGCAAUUGUCUGUAUUCACAAUGUGGCUUACAACGCAAAACAAAAUGUUCUCGUUAUUAUUGGUCAAGAAUUCUUAGUAAGAGAGGAUCUCUUUAAUGUUCCAUGUUCAUCUUCUUUACUUGAUAUCUAUUGUGUUCAUUCUUUAUCUACUUUGAAAUCGUGGCCGCUGAAAGACAUUAUAAAAAAAUAUGUAAAAUUGCCAAACAAAAAUGACAAGUUUGCUGUAUUUCCUCUUCUUUAUUCCAACGUGUAAUUUUGACAUCCAUUUCAAUACAGAAUGACUGACAAGAAAAGAUAUGUUAUUGUUGAAUUCAAAGAUGGUCUUCAAAUUGUACCCAUUACAUGGUUAAGUACUGAUUCACGAAGAUCAAAAUGGCCUAGAAAUUAUAUCAGUAACGAUAGAUACGACAGAGCGGUUAGAAGUAUGGAAAUACCUGACUCAACUUGGGAGGAACAUGAUGUUCUUAAAAUAUAUACGACAUGCUCCGACUAUACAGUAGCACGACAAAAGUUAAAAUUGGCCGAACAUUUAUCUGAUAUAAACUCGUGUUCCGACGAGGAGAAUAAUAUUAAAAAGUCCCGAAAAAUUAGAGCAGCUAAAGUACAUGAUUCAAGUUCUUAUGAUUAUUCUGAAGAUGAAGACGAUUCUGACCAAGUAAUUUUAUCAAACCUUCCGAUACCUCCAACUGGCAAAAAAAUAGAUAAUAUCUCAAAAGGGAUAUCGGGAAAAAAAAUAACUCAGGCAUAUAAAGAUCCGAAGAACGUUAAAAAAGUAGACACUACAUAUACAGAACACAUUACUUCUUGCAGUUCCUACAACCAACGUUCUUGCAUUGAUAAGGAUAAUUUUUGUCCGGAGAAUGCUAAAAAGACAGAUACAACAACUACGGAAAGCGUAGCUUCUUGCAGUUCCUACAACCAACGUUCUUGCAUUGAUAAGGAUAAUUUUUGUAAGUAA